AGUGGAUAUAUUUUUAUUUCUUCUGGAGGGUGGGGGGAGAGAAGAAGAAUAUUGACAAAGAAUUCUACAAGGCGACCCAUGUUUAAAGAGUCUGGCAAUCACACGGGUAGAAGAAGAGGAAGCUCCAGAAACAGCAUAAUGUGACUAUGAUUACACUGUUUUCAGUGCAAUCAAAGUCAAUCAAAGAAGACACUGAGUUAAAGAGUUGUCCUUGCCGCAACAAGGACAACACUGCUGAUGACGGGCAUGGCCAGAGGAACUCAUACCCGAGGUUGAAGAGGGAACAUUUUCUGCCAGGUGUUGAAGAGUCCUGUCACCCUACGUUUGUGUUCCAGGGAAACAAGAGGAUACCCUGUCCAUUGCACGCCUGUAAGAGAGUGUACAGCGACACAAGUGCUCUGGAGAGCCACAUCAAAGAUCAUGACAUCCCGGCUCAGUCUCUACCUGGUAAAGUGCUGCUGUGCUCUACUGUUGGCUGCGGUGGUUCUUUCUCCAACAUGCAGAAACUGAUGGAGCACAUGAGGCAUCAUCACAAACCCAACAUUUUCUUCCAGUGUGAAAGCUGUCGCACUAAGUUGCGCUCAUACCGUGGCCUGCUGACUCACCUGCACACCUGUUCUAAAGUCACACGGGGUAAAACGAAGCCUGCUGAACAGACACUCCCUCAGCCUGCUGCUGUUACCAACCCAAAACCCACAGACCAGCACCUCCCACGGCUGGAGUCGGUGUCCGCACCCCAGCAACUGCCGCCUCAAAUCCCAAACCCAGAUGGAGCCAUCCACCCUGCUGAUCAUCAGGCGCACUCCUCACCCCCACCUCUGCUAAGUUCCCCUAUCUUGCCUCUCCAAGAAACCUCCUAUCUUCAAAACAUUAAUGAAGCUCAUACUUUGCCUAAGGAAAAAGCCCCUAACAUGCCCUCAUGUCUAAAGAUGGAUGGUCCAAAAGCAAGUGCUGACCCUCCUGAGUUCCAGGUUCAGCACCAGCCACAGACCAGGUCACCUGAGACCAUCCAUCCUGCUCCAGGAUCAGCACCUCAUUCUCCUCCUGGGUCAUCAGCUAUCUGGAAGAAGAGUCCAGGUUUGGCCUGCAGCAGACGCAUCCUUUGGGAGCACACCAGGGGACGUUACACAUGUGUACAGUGUGGCCACGUGGUAACCAACCGCAAGGAAAUGACCCUGCACAUCAGCAGUAAACACAGCAGCAUCAAAGCUGUAGAAGAUACAGGGAGCUCUACUACUAACACUUAGUGUGGCAACUCUAGUUGUCUGUAUGUGUCGAGGUUUUAGCCAGAUUCUGAGCGCUGGCUGUGCACAGCAGGAUUGACUCAGAGCGAAACACCCACAGGAGUAAUGUGCAUGUAUUUGCUUGGGUAAUGAUGCUAAGAAAAUUGUAUAUUACUGUUUCUGUAGAGCAUCUAACAUCUUCACCUCUUGAAUAAAAGGUUCAGAAGUUUUUGUGAAA